ACUCCACCCAUGGUUGUUUUAAGGAUUAGAAAUGUGCACAAAAGGAAGUAUGCACUCAUUUUCUUGUGCAUAGUUGGCUUUAUCAUCUAUAAAUAUCUCAGCACACCAGCUAAGAGGUGGAGGAUGAGCAGAAAGGUGGGUCUAAGUGCCAACACGUCUCAGUUCACCCUGGAGGGAGAGCCCUUUUGUAUCCUUGGAGGGUCCAUCCAUUAUUUCCGAGUACCUAGGGCCUACUGGAGGGACAGGCUGAUGAAGAUGAAGGCCUGUGGCAUCAACACCCUCACUACACAUGUGCCAUGGAGUCUGCAUCAGCCAGAGAGGGGAGUCUUCAACUUUAACACACAGCUGGACUUAGAAGCCUACAUUAGCCUUGCAGCUGAACUGGAACUGUGGGUGAUUUUACGUCCUGGUCCAUACAUUUCUGCCGAGCUGGACUUGGGAGGACUGCCAAGCUGGCUCCUCAGAGACCACAGCAUGAGGCUGAGGACCACCCAUCCCAGCUUCACUCAGGCGGUCAACGUUUACUUUGACAAACUUAUUCCAAAACUGGUUCCGCUGCAGUUCAAGAAGGGAGGCCCCAUCAUCGCUGUGCAGGUUGAAAAUGAAUAUGGAUCGUUUGCAAAGGAUCAAAGCUACAUGUUAUUCAUUAAAGAGGCCUUGCAGUCCAGAGGGAUCAGUGAGCUUCUGAUUACAUCAGACAUCCACAACACACUGAAGUCAGGGGGCAUCCCUGGAGCCAUCAGGUCAGUGAAGCUGCAGAAGCUAAAUCAGAGAGACAUCCAGGAACUGAUGGCUAUCCAGCCCAACAGCCCCUCCCUGGUGAUGGAAUACUGGACCGGUGCCUUCGAUGUAUGGGGGGACCUCCACCACGUGUUGCCUCCUGAGGAUAUGGUGUCCACCGUGAGGGAGAUUGUGAGACGAGGCAUGUCUGUCAACCUGUACAUGUUCCAUGGAGGAUCCAGUUUUGGCUUCAUGAGCGGAGCGCUCGCUAGUCCUUCCUACAGAGCUUUAGUCCCCAGCUAUGAUUAUGAUGCUCCCUUGUCUGAAGCUGGGGACUACACCCCAAAGUACCACCUCCUCAGAGAUUUACUGUCUCGAUACAACACAAGAGAAGACAGUUUCCCAGACAUGCCAGCACUGCGCUACAGAGAGGCGUAUGAACCUGCCAUCGUGUACCAGCACCUGUCUUUAUGGGAUGCUUUAAGCUUCACUGAGGGGCCUUUUAAGUCACCAAGGCCAGUAAACAUGGAGAAUCUACCCUCAAACAAUGGAAACGGCCAGUCUUAUGGCUACACGCUGUAUGAGACAACCAUAACCAGAGGAGGAAAACUGAAGUCAGGCGACAAUGUUCGAGAUCGUGCCCUGGUUUUUGUUGACAGAACCUACAUUGGCCUUUUCAAGCACCAGAAGCUGGAGCUGGCUGUUCCUGAUGGUAAGGCUCCACGUACCUUGAGUUUACUGGUGGAAAACUGUGGACGAGUCCACCGUGGCAGGGACCUGGACAAACAACAUAAAGGUCUGGUGGGAGACAUUUUAUUAAACGAUGUUCCCUUGCGUGAGUUUUCAAUAUACAGCCUGGAUAUGAAACCCAGCUUUAUUGAUAGCCUUUAUCAGGCACCCUGGAAAAGUCUCCCUGAAAAUCCUACUUUUCCUGGAUUUUUCAUGGGGAGGCUGUUUGCAUAUGGGUAUCCCAGUGACACAUUUGUGAAGCUGCCAGGUUGGGCGAAGGGUGUUGUGUUUAUUAAUGGGCUGAAUCUGGGUCGUUACUGGUCUAUUGGCCCCCAGCAGGCACUUUACCUACCUGGAGCCUUCCUCAACAGUGGAAUCAACCAGGUCAUUGUGUUUGAGGAGCAAGAAGGAGACUACAAGGUCCACUUCGAGGACACGCCUGAUCUGGGCAUGGCAGCGGAAAUCCAGUGA